CUCUUUGAUCCGUUUUGCAAGUCUUAAGACAAUUUAAUUAACUUUGUUUACUGACUUCUCGUGACAAAAUCUGCGUGAAUAAAACUGAGUGAUGACAUCACUUCUUCGCAUCACGGCCGGAAAUUCCCGAUUACAGAAGGUCUUACUUGUGACCACAAACCAGUCUUGGCCGGGGCAAAAGGUAUAAAAGCAGACUUGUUGGGCAGAUAGAACUAAUUUAUCUCCAAGUGUGCAAGAUUCUGCAGCUUAAAGUAUCAAACGAGUCAUUUUAGACACUGGGAUUUGCUGUGAAAGCCAUCAGAUGACUUAAGUGGACAAAACCACAAGGACCACCAAGUGGCCGAUCUUGUUUUUCAACGCUAUUUCUUUGAUUUACUGUGAAAGCCAUCAGAUGACUUUAGUGGACAAAACCACAAGAACCACCAAGUGGCUGAUCUUGUUUUUCAACGUUAUUUUCUUUGUAUUCGGUUGGGUCUUGGUGGGUGUUGGAGCGUGGAGUCUUUAUGAAUUCGCCGCAUAUGAAGCUAUUUCUUCAUCCGUGCCUUAUGCGGUGUCAUCCAAGCUUAUCAUUGCAGCUGGCGUCUUCAAUGUGUUGGCCUCGUAUUUUGGCUUCUGGGUGACCUCAAAGGAUAACAGGCGUCUACUUGUUCUCUUCUUUCUUGUUCUUUUUGUGAUUUUUGGAUUGGAGAUGUUCGCAGCAACUUCGGGAUAUCACCAUCGUGAAAAGGUCAGGCACACACUUUACAACGAUAUGCUUUAUACCAUCCAGGAACUGUACGUAAUCAAAACAGCGCCUUCCAGUGCUUUCAAUGCACUUCAAGAGAACGAGAUGUGUUGUGGAUGUUACAACUACACGGAUUGGCGAGACUCGUUGUUCGCAAAAGGAAACAUGUCGAUUGUUCCCGAUAGUUGCUGUAAAGAACUACACCGUCACUGUGGAGAGAAUUUUGACGUAAAUAAUAUUUACACCCAGGGUUGUUAUUGGGUUUUCCUGUACGGGAUUAUCAGACACAAACUUUACUAUGUGGCAGCUAUUGCUGUUGCUGCAGUUGUCUUUAAGGUACUGGGUAUGCUGUGUGUUUUAUUGUUGAUCUUAAGACUGGAGCAAACAGUGGAAAAAGCACCACUGAUUGGCUGGGUCCGUAUCUGACAACUGACGGAUACAUGAGAGGCAAUAUUUACUUCUGAAAAACGUUUUCGACGGCAUGCGCCAUAGCUGCUUAUGUUAGGCUAACAUUCGUUUAAGUCCUACGUAAGUGAAAAUCUUUCCUUCCCGAGGGGAAGUUAAGGAGUUGGGGCGGGGGAUGGGGGACUCCCAUAUGAAAAGGUAGGGGCUGCUCGUCGUCUCGCAAGGAUUUUGGUCUCACUUGGGGUGUUCAGGACUCGUGUUAACUCGAAGAGCUAACAGUUGAAAAUAACUCUCAUUUCCGAUUUCAGGCUCGAUUUCCGCCGGCCUCUCGAGUCCCGUCUGCUAGCGCGGGUUCUUUUUCUGAACAGCAGCUGGUAAUCAAGCCUAUUCCGUAAAAGGUGGUUUCUUUCAGGGGUCAAAAAAAAAAAGUUCGAGCCACACCCAGAUCGGUCCCCUCUAGGGGGUUAAUUUAAAUUUUCCGACGAGCAGUCCACGACCGAUGCUUAAGGUGGCGAUACACUCCUGUAACAUCUGAUUUUAUAAUACUAAUUUUUCCCGAGAAGUCUGUAGAAUUCUUCGAAGAGAAUUUGCCGUAAAUUGCCGUUUACUUGCGCUUUUGUGACGGAUUUACUUCAAAUUCUGCAUUUCUAUAAUAAAAUACAUGAAAACUAGA